AUGAAAGGUUUAAAGGUCUUCAUGAGGAGCUUUGCUUAUUUUUCUCUUGUAUGUAAUUUAAUUAAUAAUGUAAUAAUAUGUCAUAAAAUCAACUAUGAAAACAUUGAAGAAAACCCCCAAAUUAAUGAUCAAAAUAUUAUGGAAAUAUUAAAUUCGAGCGUCUUAAAUAAUAAUAUGAAAAAAGAAAAAGAGAAAAAUAUUUUAUAUGAUAUUUCUUACUAUAUUGAAUAUUUAAAAAUAAUAAAUUCAUUAGAUAAUAAAUAUAAUGACAAGUUCCAUAAAGCCAUACUAAAUAUAGAUACAACAAAAAAAAAGAAAGAAAAAAAAAAUAUAGACCUUAUAUACUACUCAGGAAAAAAAUAUAACAAUAAUAUAAAGGAUAUUAAAAAACAACUUCAUAAAAGCUUCUAUGUUUAA